AUGGGGAUUUUGCAUUAUCCUUCNCAGCUGGUGGCUCGGCGUCAAAAGUCCUCCUAUAACUACCUUCUAGCUCUCGCGGUGGCUGAUUUGCUAGUCCUUUUCUUCAUCGUCUUUGUCGACUUCCUGUUGGAAGACUUCAUCUUGAAGGAGAAGAUGCCUGACAUCCUGGACAAAAUUAUCGAGGUGUUAGAGUUCUCCUCCAUCCAUACUUCCAUCUGGAUUACCGUACCGCUCACGAUCGACCGAUACAUCGCCGUCUGUCAUCCCUUGAAAUACCACAUGGUUUCCUAUCCCGCUCGCACCCGCAAAGUCAUUGUGAGUGUUUAUAUCAUUUGCUUUCUAACCAGCAUCCCGUACUACUGGUGGCCGAACAUCUGGAAGGAAGACUACACCAGUACGCUGGUUCACCACAUCCUCAUCUGGAGCCACUGCUUCACCAUCUAUCUGGUCCCUUGCUCCAUCUUCUUCGUCUUGAACUCCAUCAUCGUCUACAAGCUCCGGCAGAAGUGCAACUUCCGGCUGCGGGGCUAUUCCACCGGGAAGACCACCGCCAUCUUGUUCACCAUCACCUCCAUUUUCGCCGUCCUCUGGGCCCCGAGGAUUAUCAUGAUCCUGUACCACCUUUACGUCUCCCCCAUCCACAACAGCUGGUCCAUCCACAUCGUCUCCGACGUGGCCAACAUGUUGGCGUUGCUCAACACCGCCAUCAACUUCUUCCUGUACUGUUUCAUCAGCAAGCGGUUUCGCACCAUGGCGGCCGUAAUGCUGAAGGCGUUCUUCCGGUGCCAGAAGCAGCCCGUCCAGUUCUACACAAACCAUAACUUUUCAAUAACUAGCAGCCCAUGGAUAUCCCCGGCCAACUCCCACUGCAUCAAAAUGUUUGUCUACCAAUAUGAUAAAAACGGGAAACCUAUAAAGAUCUCUCCGUGA